AUGAAGUAUACUUUUUGCCCAAGGAAAACUAAGGCAUGUGGGACUCCAGGGCCAGUACUUAGGCCACUAUUCUAGCAGAAUUAAACUAUAACUCUAAGGAAUUCAUUGAAUGAGACUGCAGGAGAUGUAUGUUAUUGGGAAUUAAAAGUUGAUGUCGAAUAAUAUCUGAUAAAUAAUCCAAAAGUUUUGCUGAGUUGGGUUUUUAUCAAUAUUGUGAUACAUAAUUCAACUAACUUAACCACUUAUCUUCUUCACGGUGAAGAUCAAAGAAAUGCAAUAAAUGCUAGUGUGAAUCCAACAUCUGGUAAAGCUUAUUAAUACCCAUUGUCAAGUGGAGGAAGCGUCUUUUUAAUCGCUUUUCCUACAGACUAGAAUGCUUAUAAGCCCUCUCUUAUUAAUUUUACAUUUAACUUCUCAACUGAUUACUAUGAGGUAUAUAAUGUUGAAUGGCAAGAUCUUUAGGAUUAUGUGUUAGCAGGAUUUUGGGAUUUCGUAUAUGUGGCUCUAUCUAUAUUCUCUGCUGCUUUUAUUUUGAUUUUGAUGUGCAUAGCUCUAAGAACAUUUGAUCCUUUGAACUAGUUUGAAAAAAGGAGAGAGGAUUAUAUGCGGGAAAGAAUUAAACAGAAGAAGGAGGCUAAACUAGCAAAGCUAUAUGAAAUUGAAAUGAAAAACUAAGAAUUGGAAAAAAAAAGAUAAUAUCUGAAAGAAAAACGGUAGAAAAGCAAAUUAACCUCGAACAAUAACACAAACACUAUAACCUUAACACUUGAUGAGAAAUAGGAAUAGUUACUAUAGCCUAAUAGAGAAUAGACUCUGAUAUUCGAUGAAAGUUUUGGCAAUCCACCAUAAAAGCUUAUAACAUUUUAACAACAGCCUAACCAGCCACCUCAAUAAUAGAUAUUUAUUCAAGUGUAAAAUCAGUCACCCUAGUAAUUCACUGGUUAAUAGCAACCUUUGCAGUCUCCUGCUGAAUAAUAUAAAAAGAUUGAGGUUAAAGAUUAUGAAAAUAUCUUCCAAGUAAAUGAAUUUGUAAGUCAAAAUGAGUUUUAUGAUGCUAAUAAGCAAGAGAACAGUAGAAGAGCGACACUUUAAAACAAUUUUUACAGAGAGUAAAGCUCUAAGCGUAGGACUGACACAAAAAAGAGUAUAGGAGAGAGAAAUCCACUUGAUGACUAUGAUAAUGACUCAGAUCCACAAAGCUAUAGGAGAGGCUAUGAUUCAGAUCUGCGAAUGAAGAGUUAGCCAAGCUAGGCAAGGGACCCAAGUCAAGAUAAGUCAAGUUGUGAUGUUGAAAUGACUGUAAGGUACUCUGACAUCAGCAAGGUAUCCAAUAAUUCUGUUAAGUUUAGAGUUGGACCUUAAAAGCCGAUAGUUGAGUAGGUGAAAAAGCCCUCAGCCUAUGAGUUAUACAUGGCAAAGCUAUAACCUUAAAAUGAGCCUAAAAAGAAGGGCAGGUAGACUAAAUUUGUUCCAAAUCCAAAUUUAUUGAAAUGA